AUGAAUACGGACGGUCGCUCUCUUCGCAUAUUGCCUAAGCUCAACCCCCAAGCCCCGCCUAACUUCAUCACGCCCGGCAAGAAGAUCCAUGAGUCGCAUGAUGUUUCAACGUUUCUGGUUUCCAAAGCGUACAUGGAUAUCAUGACAUUUCUUCUCCAGCUGAACCGAUCGAUGUUUCCUUCGAAGCUCCCGAAUGGAAAAUUCCAGGAUUGGCCACUUCAUUCAGAUGCUGUCCAAUUCUCUGCGCCGGUCCGCCAACUUCAAGGGUUGCUCGGCAGAGUAGAGGAUAUUAUUACGGAGGUACCACCGGACAGCGGACCGCGCAGAUUUGGAAAUAUCAGCUUUCGGAAAUGGCAUCAAGUUCUCACCGAUCGAGCAUCUGAGUUACUUCGUGAAUUUCUCCCGGCGGAUCUCUUAGAGAUGCGCUCGCCGAAUUCCGAACAUCCUUCAGCCGAGGUGGAACUGAAGGCAUACUUUUUGGGUAGCUGGGGAAGUGGCCAAAGAUUGGACUACGGGACGGGCCAUGAACUGAGCUUCUUGGCAUUCUUAGGUGCUAUCUGGAAGCUCGGUGGCUUCCCCCAAUCCGCGGAUGGGGUCGAAGAAAGGGCUAUUGUCCUCGGAGUGAUUGAACCAUAUCUUGAGCUUGUGAGGACUCUCAUCAAAACGUACACCCUUGAACCUGCCGGGUCACACGGAGUUUGGGGUCUUGACGAUCACUCUUUCCUUCCGUAUAUCUUUGGCUCUGCUCAGUUAUCUCCCGCGAUCCACGAGGCCGACCUGACCCCAGAAGAAGGCUCAUUGCCAGGUGCCCCAGACCCCGGUGAUGUGGUGAAGCCCUCCUGUGUUGAGAAAGAAAGAAAAGUAAAUCUUUAUUUUUCUGCUAUCGGAUUCAUAUACGAUGUUAAGAAGGGGCCGUUUUGGGAACAUAGUCCUAUGCUUUAUGAUAUCUCAGGCAUUCGUACAGGAUGGGGCAAAAUCAACAAGGGCAUGGUCAAAAUGUACAACGCCGAAGUUCUGUCCAAGUUCCCCGUUGUGCAGCACUUGCCAUUCGGCGCUCUAUUUAGCUGGGACCGGGACCCAAAUGCUGUUACACCGGUGGCUUCUGUGCAUUCCACAUCUGGCCCGCAGACACGGUCGGUACAACCUGAGAACGAGGCACCGUCGACUACCGUUCGGCCAAAUACAGACGCGAGCACGAGAGCUCCCUGGGCAUCAACCGAGGCCAACCCUCCUAGUCGAGCCCGUCCAACUGUGGCAUUAGCAGGAAGUCGACAUGAGCCUCCAUCAUUUACUUCAACUCUUCCGAAUACCUCUCGCUUACCGCCUGGCCCGAUGGCUCCGACGCGAGCCCCUCAGGCGCCAACCAUGCGCCGGUCACCACCAGGCGGAGAUGGACCUACAAAAGCUCCAUGGGCUAAAUGA